AUGCAUGACCGCUCCCUGCUGAGGACCACUGAUGUGCAGCAGGUGUUUCCUCUCAGCAGCAGGAGCCAGGCCUCCAUGUUCAACUGGAGCCAACUGCAGCUUCUCAACGCGGGGUCCUGGUUCCUCUCUAGCUCCUUCUACCACCGCAGCUGCUCCUGCUCCGUGCGAUCGAUCUACAAACAAACCACGGACCCCAACUUCCCCGAGACCCUCAUCAUCGCCAUCAACAAGCACGGAGUGAGCCUCAUCGACCCCAAGACCAAGGACCUGCUGACCACUCAUCCAUUCACUAAGAUCUCUAACUGGAGCAGUGGGAACACAUACUUCCACAUCACCAUCGGGAACCUGGUGCGAGGGAGCAAGCUGCUGUGUGAGACCGCACUGGGCUACAAGAUGGACGAUCUGCUGACCUCCUACAUCAGCCAGAUGCUGACCACCAUGACCAAGCAGAGCACGGGACGCAACACCUCCAAAUGA